GAUUGCGCAAUUUUUAAAGAAAAAGUUGUUUAUCUUUUGUCGUCUAUCCUUAUUGUAAAUGUUCAAUAUGAUUUAUCAAAAAAAGAUCACCAAACUUCAAAUAAGAUUAGCGUAGAAAUGAAUUGUUUUUAUAUUUUGAAAUUUUUGUUUUCUCUGUAGUAAUUAGUAUUACUUUUCCCACUCUUCUUUAUAAAAUAAUUAUUAAAGUGAAUUCCAAUCACCAUGUCAAGAACUUCAAAAAUUGAACGUAUUGCUUAUAUAUUAUCAUGGAUUGUGAACUUUAUUCCUACUGCCUUUUUAACUCUUUGUCCAAAAUUUAUAUCAAAUAGAAUUAGAUGGUGUCCUACAUCUGAUCAAGAACUGGAAUCCGCUGAAUUGAUGGUUUUUCUAAAUUUAAAGCAAUCUUAUGAACUGGAAUUUGUGAACAUAGGAAAAUGCUGUGGUAAAACGGACAAUUUUAUUAGAACAAUAUCACUAAAUAAAACUUCUGAUAAUACUCCAUUAGUAUUACUUCAUGGCUUUCCAUGUGCGACUGGGUAUUGGGUAAAAAAUCUGGAUAAACUUUCUAUGCAUAGACCUGUUUAUGCCUUAGAUUUGUUAGGUUUUGGCCGGAGCUCGAGACCUCAGUUUAGUAAUGAUGCUGAAGAAAUUCAGACACAGUUUAUUGCUUCUUUAGAAAUGUGGAGGAAGGCAGUUGGACUAAAUAAAUUCAUCCUUCUUGGUCAUGACGUGGGUGGCUAUAUAGCUGCAUCAUAUGCUAAAGAGUUUCCAGAGAGAAUAGCCCUUUUGAUUCUUGCUAAUCCAUGGGGUAUAGAAGAAAAACGUAUUCAGUCUCACCACCACUAUGAAAUGGACUUGUGGGUCAAAUUCUUAGACACCUUUUUUCAAGGAUUCAACUUUUUGGCUCUUAUUAGACUAGCCGGUCCAUUUGGACCAUAUCUUGUAAAACUUUGUCGACAAGAUUUGAAGAAAAAAUUUGCCAUGUCUCACAUGGACCCUAAGUUUGUUAUUGACUAUUUAUAUCAUUGCAAUGUUCAGAAUCCUAGUGGGGAGGCUGCUUAUAAGGCAAUGACAGAUGGUUCAGGCUAUGCUCAGCAUCCAAUAAUGAAUGACAUUAUCCAUUUAAAACGUAACCUACCCAUCACUUUUGUAUAUGGGUCUAGAUCAUGGAUCGACAGGCAACCUGGUUUGCAAAUUAAAUUUUCAAGGCUGAAUGCUUUUGUUGGAAUUCAGAUUGUUGAAGGAGCUGGAAUCCUAAUUCAUGCUGAUAAACCUGAUAACUUUAAUAACUUAAUUAACAAAAUUUGUCAAAAUUUUGAUCAGGGACUUUUACUUCCUCGGGAUCUAUGAUUAUUUGCCAAACUUUUAAAUAAUGCAGUUUUAAGGUUACUGCAUAUUUAUGUAAAUAAUAUUUAUUGUAAAAAUGCAACUUUUUUUAAACAUUUAUUUGAGAUAUAUUUUUCUCAAUGGUUAACUAAUCAAUCUAUACUCAUUAAAAUCAAAAAAUUUUCCUUAAAUGACAUUUUUUACAGAACUGUUAUUAUAUUUUUUAUUAAUAUUUUAUGAUUAGUGUUUUUUUUAUGUGUAUGUAUAUAUUUGGGAUUUU